GAAUAGUAUAUAAAUGCAAAACAUUUUCAAGAAAACAUUUAAUUCAUUAAAUUGUUAUUCAUUACCCGAAAAACAAUAACGACAAUGAAAAUCACACUCAUAUUAGCGUUGAGUUGUCUCAUGGUUUACGGCAACUGUAAGACAAUUAACGUGAGCUCCGCCUCUGAGCUGAACGAUGCCUUCUCAAGCGCCGCACCGGGAGAUACCAUACACAUGGCUGAUGGCAAAUACCACGGCUCGUUCGAGCCAACCAAGUCGGGCACCAGUAGCGCACCCAUCACACUGACCGGCUCCAAAGGGGCCGUCAUAUCGGGCACUAAGUAUGGCUUCUGGCUGAAGGGCAGCCAUUGGGUGCUCAAGGGGUUCACUGUGACCGACUCACCCAAGGGUAUUGUACUGGAGGGCGCCUCCAAUAACAUACUCGAGGACCUGGAGGUUCAUAACAUUAAACAAGAGGGCAUCCACUUAAGAACCAGUAGUGCCGAUAAUAUACUCAGGGAUUCGUACGUUCACCACACGGGUAGAGGCAAUGAAACGGACCAGGGAUUCGGUGAGGGUGUCUACAUUGGACAGGCGUUCCACAACUGGGCGGGUGGUAAGCAAGACAAGAGUGACAGGAAUCAGAUUCUGAACAACAGAAUCGGACCCGAAGUGACCGCAGAGGCCAUCGACAUAAAGGAGGGCUCGUGUUGUGGUGUUAUUAAGGGAAAUACAUUUGAUGGCAACGGCGAGAAGGGUCUACACUAUGCCGACUCACACAUCGACGUCAAAGGAGACUCAUAUGACAUUGAGGGCAAUACCGGUAAUCAUCCGUUUAAGAAUGGCUUCGAGAUCCAUCACAUCGCGGAGGCAAAGAUGGGCGGCUGUAAGAACACCAUUAAGGGUAACAAAUGUGGAGGUUUGCCAUCCGGUGGCAAAUGUGUGGUCAACAGCUCAAAGGACUGCGAGAAUUAUAUCGAUAACUAAAUGAGUGCCAAAAUAUUCACAUCACAUAUAAUAUAUACUUAUUGUAUAAACAUAUUGUCUAUUAGUUUGUAAAUUUUGUAUCAAUAAUACAAAUAAUUAAUAAAAUUUAUUAUAAAGCAC